AUGGGAGAUAAUGGAGGUGAUCUCGGUAAUGGUGUGAUCGGUGAUCGUGGUGAUCUACAUUACGGCUCCUUCUAUAGAGAUAGUGAUCAGAAUUGGAAGUCUUGGUGGAGGAAUCUUUUGAGUGACGCCAGAGAGCAUCUUGCUAAAGAUAAGGGUAUUCAGAUGACUAUUCCACUUCCAAAAAGCAAUUCCAACAUGGAAGCGUUUAACAAGAAGAUAAGAAAGAUUGAGGAACAAAUGGAUAAGCUAUCAGAAUUAUUGAAAAACCUCAAGGAUUCCAACGAGGAGUCAAGAUUCGUGACAAAGGCAUCUGCUAUGAAAGCUAUUGGAGAACGAAUGGAGAAAGACAUUGAUCAAGUGGGGAAGAUUGCACGUGAUGUUAAAGCAAAAAUAGAAGCAAUCUGUAAAGAGAACUUAGCUAACCGACAAAAACCUGGGUGUGGAGCCGGCACUGGUGUUGACCACUGUAGAACAAAUAUGACAAAUGUUGUGACAAAGAGGUUUCUGGACAUGAUGACGGAGUUUCAGACAUUAAGACAAAAGAUCGAUGAUGAAUACCGUGAUGUUGUGGAAAAAAGAGUCAUUACAGUCACUGGAACCCGACCCGAUGAAGAGAUGUUCAACCAUCUUAUAGAAAUCAGACACAGUGAGCAGAUUUUCCAAAAUGCAGUGAAAGAAAUGGGACGAGGACAGGUACUAGAUACAUUGGAGGAAAUUCAAGAAAGACAUGAUGCUGUGAGGGAGAUAGAAAAAAAGCUUCUUGACUUGCAUCAGAUAUACUUGGAUAUGGCGCUUUUUGUAGAGUCUCAAGGAGAGUUGUUGGCCAAUAUGGAUAGCCCGGUUACAAACGCAGUGGAUCACAUAAACAUGGGUACAGACGCUCCCACGAUAACCAGGAUCUUACAAAAGAAAUCAAGAAAAUGCAUGAUCAUCGCCAUCUUCUUGCUCCUUGUCAUAGCUGUCCUAUUCAUUAUUUCGAUUUUCAAACCAUGGGAGAAGAACUAGCCUAUCAACAAAUCGGUACAAAAUCCUCAACGAAACUAACAGACAUAUAUGCAUUUUACUAGGAAUAAUUGAUUCAAGUGUCUAUAUAAAGCUCAACUAUUUACUGAGGCUUGUAGAAGU